GCGCGGAUAAUCAGCUCAUUUGUCUUGCUGCACUCAACGACUUCAGUUAAUCAACGAGUUGGGCUUUCGAGUGAAUAUUUUAAGGCAAAUAUUUUUCAAACAACGGUAUUACUUUCUUUAAGUUACUAAAAAAUAAGUAAAAUGGUGAACUGUGUGAAUUGCAUGGCCGUGAAAUUCGUCGUACUGGCCGUUUUGUGCUUAGCCAUGGCCCAUAAACUGCCGGAAAUUGUUUUAUACGAGGGUGACGCCUGCGUUACUAGCAGCUAUGAUGGCAAAUGUCUGGUGGAGAAGCAGUGCCCUAACUUAGAAACAACCAUGACGCGAAAGGGCCUAUAUGCCAAGGACGUGGGCCACUGUGGCUAUACGGUUUACGAGGAAAUCAUUUGUUGUCCUGAGAACAUCACAGAACAUACGCUUUCCAAAAAAUAUUUCGAAAGCGCUGAAGUUCGCACAACUGUAACAUUAAUCUUCACUACAACUUCCAUCGUACAAACGGAGAUAAUCGACGAUGAAUUGGUUUUUAGUAACUACACUACGCCACUCGAGCACCAAUAAUCUAACCAGUAUAGCGAUCGCAUUUUAGUAAAUAAGUACGCGGAGGGGUGUGCUUACAUACCCACAUUUCUAUGUGAAUUUUUCAGUACAGAAUACAAAAGUUUCAUUGUACUGUAAAGUUUCUCACGAGAUGCAUCAAAACUAAACGAAAUGCUCUAUGUUUAGCUCCUAAUUAUUAGUUAAGGUUGAAGAAGGCAGCGCUGAUAUUUUGUUUGCUAAUCGCACGAUACGAAUAAAUACUCAGUGGCCAUUAUCUGUAAUUUAAAUUGAA